AUGGACGGCAAUGGAGCAUCAAAUAAUGCCUUGCAAGCGGUGAAGUCACCAUCACCAAUACCAUCGAAGCAAGAUAUCCUCAAGCAGCUAGCCAAUCCCGAUGGAAGUAAUGGCGGCAGCGUCUUUGCGCACCUGCAGAGUAAUCCCUUCUUCACAGCGGGCUUUGGACUUGCCGCAUUAGGCGCUGCACUUCGAUAUGGGUCCCGAGGAGUGCAGCAAACAGCGGCAUUGAUACGCCGACGUAUGCUUGUUGACCUCGAAAUCACGCGACAUGACAAGUCUUACGAAUGGGUGCUCAACUGGAUGACUGCCCAAUACCAGAAUCAGGUUGGACCACAACAGACCAGACGGCAACUUGGCACGAUGGACUUCUUGAUACGGAAAUUCAUGCCUGGACUUCAUCAUCUGCAGAUUGAGACCUCGACUCAUAAGAGUGCCAACGGCGCCGAACAGACCGCGUUUUCACUGGUUCCCGGACGUGGCAAACAUAUUCUUCGCUACAGGAACUCCUUCAUCGCUGUCAGUCGCGAGCGCGAAGGCAAAAGCUUCGAUGCCAUGGGCAAGCCCUUUGAGACGGUUACCUUGACCACGCUUUACCACUACCGGUAUGUGUUCGAGGGCAUCGUCAGCGAGGCUUAUCAGAUGUCGCUACAGAAUGUGGAAGGCAAGACAGUCGUCUACACGAGCCAGAACAUGAGCUGGCAGUCUUCCGGUCAGCCCAAACGUAGAAGACCCUUUGAUUCAGUUGUGCUUGAGAAGGGACUCUCCGAACGAAUUCUUGGUGAUGUCCGAGAAUUCUUGGAUGCCAGAACAUGGUACCUUGACAGAGGCAUACCAUAUCGGCGUGGCUAUCUACUCUAUGGACCUCCUGGGACAGGCAAGACAUCUUUUGUGCAAGCUUUGGCUGGGAAGCUGGACUUCAAUAUCGCGAUGCUGUCGCUCAGUCAACGUGGAUUGACAGAUGACCUACUCAACCACCUUCUCCUAAAUGUGCCUCCAAGGACAAUUGUGCUUCUAGAGGAUGCCGAUGCAGCGUUCAGUAAUCGCCGCCAGCGAGACACAGAUGGCUAUACCGGCGCCAAUGUCACGUACUCUGGCCUCCUUAAUGCACUAGACGGCGUCGCAAGUGCCGAAGAACGCAUCAUCUUCAUGACGACAAACCAUAUCGAUCGACUGGACGAUGCGCUAAUACGACCUGGUCGAGUCGACAUGACCGUCCAGCUAGGCAACGCGACAGAGUGGCAGAUGGCGCAGCUAUGGGACCGCUUCUACGCCGAGCACGACGAGAACGGCGAAGGCAAGCGACGCUUCUUGCGUAAGGCCAUCGACACAGGACUCGUGAACAUCGUCAGUACUGCUGCACUGCAAGGCUUGUUCUUGUAUAAUAAAGACGACGUGGAAGGUGCGAUAGCCAUGCUUGAGCAGCUGGACCCAUCGAAAGGUGGUCAGCAAAAAGUGGCAGAUUGA